AGAAGACACCCUCCAACCGUUCUUCGGCAAUGCUCCCAGCAUCCUCUCCUCCCUGCUUCUCUCUCUCUUUAUCUCCCAACCCCAAGCUCACUUUGGCAUAAACGCACAUCUGGCGGUUCUCUCCAUCAUCAGCACAACACGACCCAGGGGUCCGGCAUGUGGAUGUGGAUGGAGCACGAGAGCUUCUUUUGAACCUUCGCUUUAUAUUCAUUUUCUUUCGUGCCGCGCGCCCGUCUCGCCUUUUGGUCAAACCGAGAAAGAUGGCCGCCGCCGCCAAGCUGCUGACCAGCGCGGGCCUGCUGCUGGCGUUCGGCUCGCUCUGCCUGCUCGCCAUGGCCAUCUGCACCGACUACUGGUACGAGACGGACGCGCGGCGGCACCGCGAUCGCUGCAAAAGCUACUCGAGCAACCGAAACGACCCGGGCUACAUCUCCAUCUCGAACCGCAAUCUGCCUCUCCGGAUGCCGCCGGAAACCGGGGCCGGGGGUCUGGUAAGGGAGAAGCGGCACCUCGUUGCACCGCUGGCAUCCAUGGAGUCGCACUGCAGCCGCCGGUUCAACUCCACCGUGUCGGGUCUGUGGAGGAAGUGUUACCGGGACGGCUUCGACCUGGAGACGGACGAGCUCAUCUACAGAGGUGUGAUUCAGAGAUGCACGGCGGUGACGUAUCACUACACCUCCUCCAUCCUUCCACGAAAUCUGCCAGUCAACAUCACUAAAACUAUCCGGCAGGAUGAGUGGCACGCUCUACAUUUGCGCAGAAUGACCGCAGGUUUUGUGGGCAUGGCCGUCUCCAUCAUCCUCUUUGGGUGGAUCAUUGGGGUGCUGGGCUGCUGCCAACAGCACGACCUCAUGCAGUAUGUAGCUGGCCUACUCUUCCUCAUGGGAGGAACCUGCUGUAUCAUCUCCCUGUGCACCUGCGUAGCGGGAAUCAACUUUGAGCUGUCCCGGUAUCCUCAAUACUUGUACGGCCUUCCCGAGGACAUCAGUCACGGCUACGGCUGGUCUAUGUUCUGUGCCUGGGGGGGUCUGGGUCUUACGUUACUGGCUGGCUUCCUGUGCACACUUGCACCGUCCCUAAGCAACCCCGCAACCCAUACAACGGUCCACAAACCAAGGCAUGAGAAUGGCACUGUGUGAGAAACCUUUUCAUCAAUUUUACUCAAAAUCAGCACAAGGAGCUGGUCUGGUCAUCACACACACACACACACACACACACACACACACACACACACACACAUGCGCACACACAUACACAUGUGCUGACUGUUGAAAUCACUCAUUUAUCCUGUUUUACACCUCUCAUCAGAUCAGAGUCAGGACAAGAGUGCAAGCGGUGGCUGGAGGAUAAUAUAACGCCUCCUGCAUGGCAGCUAGUGACGUGUUCCCAUACACAACAAAUAAAACUGAGCACUCACUGUCACUCCUAAAGCACACUAAAUAAAAUAGAUUCAGGAUAGUUUCAGUAAAGAAAAUGUAGAUAACCAGACACACAAACACAAAUAUACAUAUAUAGACCAUUCCAAAUAAACCAUCCUCCCAAAACCUAAACUGAAAACGGUGUCCAAAAGGCAAUUUUUCUAUUUCGUUAUGAACAUACAUUUUAAAAUGGUGCUCUCUGUUCUCAAUACCACAUGCACAAACAUUUAAAGAAGUCAGGACUAACAGGGACAAACACCAUCUGGAAGCCAUGUUUUUUAUCUCUAAGUAGACUGCAUUUUUUUUUUCUUUUGACCUUUCAAGAUUUCAACCCCGGACUUGUAUAAACACCACCUUUGUGCUUAAACGAAACACUGACCUUGUAGCACUGGUACUGUCCUAAAGCCUCUAUUGCAGCAGUACAAAAAAAAAAAAAAACACAACUCCCCUGCCACAGCAGUUCUUGAUUAGAGCUUUAAAAAGAGCAGUAUCAGCAAAAGAAAAAAUGCUACACUGAUUUUCAUCGAAUUGGAUGAUCUGGACUUGUAAAGACUGUGACAUAAGGAUGAAGACUUUUCCGAAGUGGAGAAGAGCUGCGAGGAAAGAAUGCGUGAAAUUAUGAUAUAAAAGUUUGCAUUAGUGCAAUGAUUCAUUAGUUUAAGUAAACUUUCCUGGGCCUCUAUGAGUCUGUCUGUACAAAUCCAUUCUUUUUCUGUAGAUUUUAUUUUAGUUUAUUUGAAUUAAGGCUUGUCAAAGAACUGGUAUUUAUUUAUUUAUUUAUUUAUUUAUUUAUUUAUUUAUUUAUUUAUUGUUAUCAUGCUGACACUGGACAGCUUCACUGUUGAAAGACUGGAAUUCCUCAAACGCACACAGUAGGAAUGAUUGAGAUGACUUUUAUAACAAUGCUUCUCUGAACAUCGUGUCUUAUAAAGUGCUGGUUGUGAGCUCGCAACAAGAAUCCUAAUUAUUUAUGGCCAAUUAUAAUAAUAGAAAAAUCAUCUUCAUGGUUGUUUCCUCUCCAACAGGGCUAUUAAAGCAGGACAAGGGAUUAGAGCCUGGAAUCGAACCUAUAUACAAUUACACAGCUAUCAAAUUACACAUUGUUUAGAUGAGUGCUGCAUAGAAAAGCGACCUAAUGCUAUAGUAAAGGUAUAAUGUAUAUUGGAAAGUCAUAUGCUGUAAUGUUUACACUACCCAGACUGCACCCUGGCCAGUCAUCAGGGGAGGGCUAUACAGCUGUACAAUGUUAUAAUAAUCAACAAUAUGUAUUUAACAUCAUUCCUACUAAUGAAGUGCCUCCAAAAUUACAGAGCCAUAUUUAAGAUAAUUAGUGUUAUAAAACGUCAGUUUUGCAAUAGUACGACUGACAAAUAUACCACAGUGCUGUUGGGUUCUUGAUUCUGAUUGGUUUUGAUUAAUUUUCUUAAUAAUAUUAGCUCUGACAAUAGUGGCAGUUGUAAUCAAAUUACAGGUUUAUGUUAACAUGCGUAUAAUCCUCGGAAUUAGUUUACGCUCCAUCAUGUAAAAAUAGAUAAAGCUGUAAUUGUGGAUGUAGUGAAAUUCUCUGUUAGGGAAAAAUGUACUUAGUGUAUUUGAAAGGAGGCUUCGGUGUCAGCAUUUGUACCAAUCAGAAGUUUUUUGGUAACAUAACAUGAAGCUUUUUGUUUCUUUCCAGUAAAAGUAAGACAGGGGCAUGUUAAGGGGAAUGGCUGCUUUAAAGCAAGUGAUAACAGGAUCUAGGUUAUUCUUCUGACACUCCACAACAUUAAAUGUAACUAUAGACUAUUAAUUCGGCGUAUAAUGUAUUGUUCUUUGAAGGCAAAUUACUGUUGGUAUAUGUUGGGAUUACUGUUGGGAAAUUACUGUUGGGUUUUAACCACUCAAAGAAAUGAUAUGGAGAUCAAAGCUUGAAUGAUAGCAACUGCAUUUAACAGUACAUUAGUUUUACUUCUUACAUAAUUAAGUGAAAUAUUAUUAUAUUGUAUAUACACCUUGGCCUAAUUGAUUAAUUUCUCUGUAAUGAACAGGCUAAAGCCAACAGAGCUCUGCUGAAUUCAAUGGAAACAGGUUCUAGGUUGUAAGCCAUCUCCAAAAAAUUCUGAUUCCAGUCAGACCCAAGCCUGCUUUUCUACAUGAGGUGCACACUCUCUGAGGUAGAUAAAUGUAUUAUGGUGGCGAUAACUACAGCACUAUAACUUAAAAAACAUGACCACAGCAUAUUCAUAUUUCUUUUCAGGAUUGUAAAUGAGUCUAAUGUGACAGCUGCAGUUUUUUUGCUCUGAAAUGUUUUAGGAAAAAAAAAAAUUCGAUAGAAAAUUACAUAAUAAGCAAUUGAUAAUAAAAAGAAUUACAUCCUCAGUACACCAAAAGUUGCGAGAGAGUGAAAAAGCACAGUGUACGUGUAUGUGUUCAAUCAAUGUGUCAACAAUUUGAAAAUAUCCGCCAUUUAUUUUGGCACUGGAAGUAGCACCAUUUUCAUUUUGAAUGAUACUGUUUCUAAAGUUUUAUUUCAUAAAGCACAGGAAUCGUUGUCACGCAUGACACUUUUAUGGUGAAUUUAUUUCAAUGUACUGAGAGAUUGUGUCCAUUUUUAAUAUGGUUUUUAUUUUACAGGAAAUAAAAUGUAAAUACUGUGUAA